AUGUCGUCCACGCCCGAAACUGAAGAAGCGACAUCCUACCUCACCUCUCUCCUCAACCGUACUCUGCACAUACAUACGAACGAUGGGCGCAUGUUCGUCGGACAAAUGAAAUGUACCGACAACGAGCGCAACAUUAUCCUCGCCGUGACGCACGAGUACCGCGAGCCAUCGGAGCAGGAUGUCGAGAGAGCGAUGAGGCGGCAUGAGAAAGAAGGGGCCACGGGAAACUUCAAUGUGGACAUGAAGAAGAGGUUUGUGGGAUUGGUGGUUGUGCCGGGACGGUUUAUUACGAAGAUUGAGGUGGAGGGGUAUACUUGA